AGCCGAGAUGGAGCCCUCCCUUUGCUCCCGCCCGCCAUGGCUGCUCCCUCUGCAUUAGACACUCUGUGGGAUCUGUUUUAACCAAGAAUAUUAUUGAAAGGAUGCAGUGACUCGCGAGUAUGGACAGUGACAUGUUCGUGACGUGUUUGUGUUGUGAUGACCUUGGAUGUGCCCCAGUGCCCUGAUAACCUCAUGACAUGUGACCUGAACGUGUGUGUAUGUGUGUGUGCGUGUGUGCUUGGAUUGGUAUUUACUUUGCAAGGUUCAACAGUAGUGAGGGAGUGAAGGAGCAUCAGGUACACUCCAAGACAGUAAUAGUGCCGUAGAUAUCAUCCUUGCCUCCGUGAUUUACCUGUCAGUGUCACGUGGUUUCGCUUCAGUGGAUAUUCUGAGUUGCUCCUCCUCUAUGUGUGCCGCGGUGUGGUGAGACGCAAAGUUGCCUGUAAUGUGCUUUUGGUCAAGGCCGAGGACGACAAGCAGAGCGUGACUCUUCGGCGACGCUGGUCCGAGGCUGAAGGAAGGUGCAUGGAGGAGCUGUACGUGAGCCUGACGCAGCCCACAGUGCCGAGAUGGUGUACGGCGGUGCGUACUCGACCUCCCCGGCAGACACCGGUGGUGGUUACUUUCUGCACAUCAUGGGCUUCGGCAAAGGUAUCGGAAACGGCGACUCCAUGGGCAAAAUGACACCAAAGCGCAUCCUCACGCCCUUCACGCCGCCUCUCAAGCUGCUGGACUUGUCUGGCUCCUGGUACCAAGACCUCACCGGGAAGAACUCUCACUGGGUUGGCAGACAGCAGGUGUCAAGCCCGAGGUAUGUGACGCGUCGCUCUGUCACCCAUAAGGUGUUCCUGCCGGACCGUAAUGGAGGCAGGAAGACGCCGACGAUCGGCAGCCCAAGACUCAGGCCUGGGGCAAGACAGCCUCUCCACAGCCCUCAGCUCCGCAAGGGCUCAGGGAGGGAGAGCCCCUGGGCACCACCACUAAGCCCUCUCGUGCAUUUAAAGUCUGGUGUUGACAGUCCUCGCCUGUCUGGCCGAGUCCAGAAGACUCCGCGGCGACCAAAGAAGAGCGUCCACUGGAAAACUAACAUUGCAACCUGGAUCCAAAUGAACGCCAAGCCCUCCAGCGUGUCCUUCUCGGAGACUUCCACGUACAAUGGUGACUGGGGCGGAAAUGACAGGCACAGCAACGAGGGAAGCAGCGACACGAGCGAUGACGACGGGACAAUGAGGUUCAACACGGCUGGGAAGAGCGAGUGUUGCGGUGUCUCUACAGGUAAAGAGGACGAUUCGUCAGACUUUGAGUACACCAACUUCUCUGAGGUGAACGGAACGAGUAAGAAGUUUUAUUUUGGCUGUGUCCACAGCAAAGACGCGUCACGCUCCGGCACCCUGGAGGCUAUGGGCGUGUCAAGCUUUCCGACCCUCAAGAAGCCGCCGCCGCAAUCUUCUGGCCACAAUUCGUUCUCUGAGGACAACGAGUCUCACCAUUACAGUGAACUCCAGUGUUCGUGCUCCUCGUCCACGCACACUUACGAGGACGUGAGUGACAGCGAGGAGCAGAGCAGCAGCGAAUGUGAGUGGCGGCACAGGUGCUGCAGUGAGAGCAGCCUGUCCAGCAUCCACACCUACUGCGAGAUCGGGGAGGUCAAUCGGGGGUCAAAGCCAGAAGUCCUCGCCUCGCUGCUGCGAAACGACCGCCACCUGGACCUCCUCAAGUCCACGUUGGUCCACUUGUUGCCCAAAGACGACAUUAUCUCCACGACCCUCCUGGCGUGUCGUCUCGGAGACCUGGAGUACCUUCAAGACUUGAACAAGCAGGGGCAUCUUGACAUAGGUGCCCACGACCUGCAGGGUGCGUCCUGCCUCCAUUAUGCCGCUCGAGGAGGACACAACCACAUCCUGCAGUAUCUGCUGGAAAACGGUAGACAGAGAGGUGUAGUGCGAUGUAACGUUGGGGCGACGCCCCUGCAUGACGCCGCCGCCCUGGGCCACCUGGACACCCUCAAGUACCUCAACAAACACUCCAGAGACGCCCUCGCCUUCACUGACCAGGAUGGCGCCACCGUCCUGCACGUCGCUGCCAGGUACGGCCGCCUGAACGUGCUGCGCUGGCUGCUGCUGGACGCCGGGAUGCCUGGUGUGGACCGGACGCAGGGCGGAGCGUUGGCCCUGCACUAUGCCGCCGCCCGGGGCUGCCUCGAGUGUGUCAAGCUGCUGGUGGAGACCUCGCCAGACUUCAGUGCCAACGCCCAGAUGGACAACGCCGUCACCCCGGUGUACCUGGCGGCGCAGGAGGGCCACUUGGAGGUGCUGCAGUACCUGGUGGACUCUGCCGGUGGACGCCUCGACCUGCGGGCCAAGGACGGCAUGGCGCCCAUCCACGCCGCGGCUCAGAUGGGCUGCCUCAACUGUCUCAAGUGGAUGGUGACCGAACAAGGCGUGGACGUGGGUCUUAGAGACGAGGACGGCGCCACACCCCUCCACUUCGCAGCCUCCCGCGGCCACACCGACACAGUUCGCUGGCUCCUUCGUCACGGGGCGGCCAUCGUUCUAGACAACUUUGGAAAGAGUCCCAUCAACGACGCUGCUGAUAACGACCAUAUGGAGGCACUACAGCUCCUGGUGCAGCACGGUGCCACGCCUGACUACGCCACUGACUCAGACUCUGCGGAUUCUGGCUCACACCACCACCGCUGCUCUUGCCACCAGGGUCUGUGUGGCGCCAGCAAGGACUCGGAAUGUUCCACCAGCGGCUCGGAAUCCUGCAACUCUUCCUGUGAGAGCGACUGUCACUUGUCAGGCCACAGCUCGGACUCCGGCGUGCACCAGGAGCCUUUUUACCUGCACCCACCGAGCACCGCCACGCCGCCAGACCCACCCGCCAGCGCCCCGGAGCAAGGGAAGCAGGAGAAGAAGAGCAGUUUCUUCCUGAACCCGCUGAGUGAUCUAAAGGAAGCCUCGGAAAAGUACAACAAAAGCAAAGCCGAGGCUGGGAAGGACGGGGAUAAGAAAUCGAAAAAACCGUUCUUCCUUCACAAACCGGAAGCCGUGUCCUACCACCGCGUCCAGGAGCUUUUCGUGGGUAAGAGUUCCAAGAGCGAAGGGAAAGGAAAGAAGAGCAAGAGCGCCAAAGAAAACGGAGCCAAGGACGCCAAGAAAAACGGAAAGGUCGAGCAAGAACAGGAACUCGCAGUGAUCGAGAGUGGAAGUCAAGGCAGUGCAGAAAACGGGAAGACGCACACUGGAGAGAAGAAAGGAAGGGUAGACUAUGAAGGAAGGAAGCUACCCAAGAUUCCAAGCGCCUCCUCGUCACCAUCGUUCCCCUCCUCCUCCUCUCCGUCACACUCUUCGUCUUCUCGAGCCAUACACUCCACGAUGAAAGUGAAGGCAGACAUCCACAGCAGUGAUGACGCAGCCUCCACCUCGAGCUCCUCUUCCCACGACCACCACUACGAGGACAUCAACCCAACACACCUGCCUGAGGGACGCGCCAGGGACUCCUCAACCCUUCGACGCUCCAGAUCCAAGCAGGACGCGGUAGACGAAGAUGAUGAGGCGACCAGACAGAGGCAGCGGCUUCAGGGUCUUGACGAUCUGAUUGCUGGUGUCCCCCCGCCGGACUACGACCGGGGGGCGCCACUGAGCGACGAAUCAGCCCGACCUGACGUCUGUAACAGUGGCUCGCAGGGGGACAUUCCUCCGCCGGCUGAGUUUGGGGACGACAAUGAUAAAGAGGAACAAGCAACAGGCCGCCAGAGACUCCAGUCAACACUGUCUAUGCCGCCCACUUCCACCCACGUCCACGGCCGCACUCCAGUCUCCCGCACCAACUCAGAGCCUCCACCGCCGCCGCCACCACCCAUGCCAGACACAGCAACCUCUCCCAGGCACUCCCCCAGCUCCUCACACAGGUCGGCUGAGGAGACUAAUGGGAGCUCACCCUCUUCCUCCAAGCCUCCCUCCCCCAGGUCUGCUCACAGCUCGGUAGAUGAGAGGGAGGAGGAGGACCACGUUGAUGAGGGCCUUGGCGGCAGCCCUUCUUCCUUCGUCAGGAGGAAUUCACAGAGAAGCUUGAAUGGAGAGCGCCCCACAUCACUUCCCCUGGACAUGGCUGAGCACUACGGCAAGAUCCUGGCUGAUGGGAGGGAGAGAGACGUUGCUGCUUCCAACGAGGAGCUGAGCCACUCCCCGCAGCUCAACAAGUCUCACCUCAUGCACGGGAAGACUCUGCCGUUCAUUCCCCCGAAGUUCCCCACACAGCCUUCAGACUCCGGCCUCAUCAAGCCCUCAGAGUACCUGCGGUCACUCGGGGAAAGCACCAUUGCACGCUCACCAAGUGGGGAGGCAAAGGCGGGCCAUGGAUCACACCACACUGGCACCCUACACCAAAAUGGUACUUCACACCACAAUGGCACAGCGCAUCACAAUGGCACAUCACAUUACAGUGGCAUAACACCUCUCUCUGCCAUGACACACCACACAGACACAGAACACCACAAUGGAGGGACAUACCACACCAGUACAGAGGAAGCUGACACACAUGAUGGCAGUAACGGCUUGGCUUCUGUUAUCCCUCCACCACUCCCUGCCAUCCCAGAGUCAAGCGAGGAAGACCCAGCCACUAAGGAUAUUGGAAAUGGUGCUCCUCCUCCUCCUCCUGCUCCUCCUGCUCCCCCCACUUCCUCCUUCAACACCUUGUCCAGCACACGCACCAACACACUCAACACCAACCACAGCAACAACAACACACUCUCACACUCCAAUAACAAGACAGUGCUGCCCACCAUCAGCGUGACAGACCUGCAGAGUGUUCAGCUGAGGAAGACUGAGGUCAAGAGUGUGAAGCCCACCUCCAUUGGCCUCAAGCUGCCUGUGUCACCGCCAGAGCCGCUGAUCAACUCUGUCAAGAAUGAUGUCAUUGCUGAGUUGAAGAUGGGAGUUGACAUCCCCGGCAUCAAGAAGCUGAAGUCUGAGCGAGCCAAGGAGGAGGAGAUCCACAUCAAGCAGGAGAAGGAGGAGCUUUCACGACAGUUCUCCGCCAGUAAAUUUGUGGACCAGGUGCCCGACACAGACCCAUCUGGAAACCGCAUCCCAGACUGGAAGAGACAGAUGCUGGCGAGGAAGGCAGCUGAGCGUGCCAAGAAGGAGGCAGAGGAGCAGCGGCUACAGGAGGCGGAGGAGAAGAGGCUUCAGUCCAUCCCCCCCUGGAAGCGACAACUUAUGAUGCGACGGGAAGAUGAUGCACGCCGAGCUCCAUUGUAUGUGCCCAAGGUGGAGGAGGUGAAGCGGAUCAAGGUCACCCAUCGGGCACCAGGACUCCCCACAGCACUCCGAGAGAAGCCAGAGAAGGAGACCACCACAGGAGGGAGCAACAGAGUCACCACCACCAUCACCACCUCCACCUCCUCCUCCUCCUCCUCCACCCACACUAGGAGCCCCAUCGACACCAGACAAGAGGAGGAAGAGGAGCCGCCCAACCCCUGGCGCACUAAUCUUAGAAAAACUAAUAGUAAAUUGAAUCUACAUGAGUGAGCUUGAGUGUCCGUCUGUCCUCCCUUCCUCUUCCUUCUUCCGUCCUUGAAAAUUUAAAUAGCUUUGUUUUUAUGAGUUAGUGCUGCAGUAUAUAUGGCAUUUGUUCUCCCCCUUUCAUUUAUUUAAGUCAUGUUAUAUAUAUAUAUUCCAUUCUUGUAGCACAGACUAUGUAUAUUUUGUAAUAGACUAACUUUCCCAUGUGUAUCUUAUCCUUGACCUAAUUUUAAGGAUCUGAGUCAUUAUGUCAUAUUUAAAUAAAAGAGUAUUAAUAACCAGCUUGUAAAGGAAGACUGUAUUUAUGUACAUAGAUAAUUAUAUAUGUGUAUUCUCUGUAAAUAACGUGUAUGUAUUGCAUGUGCAUUAGCUCUAUGUAUACAUCUAAUAUUAACCAUGCAGACUGGCUGAUUCACUGUGCCAUGUUUAGAGGUGGUGUCCAGGAUGUCACGCAGCAUUACAAGAGUGCUGUGCUUCCCCUCUGCUUCAGGCCGGCCAGCAGGACACACCCACCCUGCCUGCCAAAGCCCUGCCCCUCACUCCCUUCUACACUGGCUUCUCCCUCUAUAUUUUUUUAACUGUCAUCAUAACCACAGGGACUAUAGCAUCAAGUAUACUAUGUCCAGGCCGCAUGGAGCUUCAGAUUAAAUAUUUUUCACUA